GUAAGCGGCCGCCCGGCGCGCCGCCAUGGCCGGACAGUGUCCACCUCGCGGUCGCCUCUGAUUGAGCCUGCCCGCCGCCGCCGCCGCCGCCGCGGUCAGUCGCAGUCAGUCGCAGAGCGGCGCGGGUUUCAGUGACGGAGCGCCGUGCAGUCGCGACCGGACGCUGGUGACGGGAGGUGACGGUGCGCGUGACGAGCUGCGCCCGUGACGCUGAGCGGACAGUGACGCCCGGUGUUGGAGACCGCACUGUGAGCGGACUGUGAGUGGUGCACGCCGAACUGUGAGCGGUAGAGUGAGAUAUUUCUGUGGCGGUCAGACCACCGAGCGGUGAGCUGAGUUCCUCAGUGCCCGGUGGUGAUUGUGAGUGCCGCCGCCGCCGCCGCCGCCGCCGCCGCCCGCUGCCAGUCGCGGGCUCAUGUGCUGACCAUGAGCUGCGCCGUGGCCAUGUAUCAGCCGUUCCACGCUCCGUACUAUCCGGCGCCGGCGACGGCCACCGGCUCCGGCGGCCGGCCCUCGCCCGACGCGUCGGUCGCCCCCGCCCCCGCCCCCGCCCCCGCCCGCCAUGGCAUGGAGGAGAAGCGUCAGCGGCUGCACGAGCACCUGUACCGCGCCGGCGGCGGGGCGGCCAGCAACUACUCGCUGAAGCCGUCGCCGUCGUCACCGCUGCCGACGUCGGCCUCGCCGGUGCACGAGGAGGAGGAGCGACGCGACGUCAAGUACCUCUCCUCCAGCUGUAUGCUGGUCACCAACUAUUCCGGCAAUGUGUCGUCAGUGGUGGACGACCAUUUCACGCGGGCACUCAAUGUCACCACCUCCGACAAAGCGCCGGUGCCCAUGUCGCAGCGCAACUUCCCGGCCUCGUUCUGGAACAGCAACUACCACUCGCGGACCACGCUGACCUCGCACGACCUGUACUCGGACCCGUACCACGCGGCGUCGCUGGCCGGCCUGCACCAGCCGGCCGACUGGUACUACCCCAUCACCUCACAGGCGUACGGGCACAACUUCUCCUACGGAGCAGGAACGUCGGCGCGCUACAACCAGUACCCCAGCCUCUUCCUCCAGUCGGCGGCGACAGCUGGCCGGCUGGGGAUGCAGCAGGGCCACGGUCUGGAUCCGAGCAGCUAUAGCCCCUACAUGUACUCAGCAGGUUUGGAAGGAACCUCCGUGCCAGAUACGGCCACCAAAGACUUACACUGGUUCCAGUAGCCAGUAAAUGGCGCUCGCACGACGCGCUGAUAAACGUCAGGGGACCGGUGCUGGUGCCUUGAAAGACGCCGCCGGCCGGCCGGCAGUGCAGUGACGCGCGCGAUACAAACUCAAGAGUGCUCCCUAAAGGUGACCUUUUGCGACCCGAACUUACACUGGCAUCACAUGCCAGCCGCAGAGUGUUUACAAAGAGUCCACAAAGAGAGCGCACGAAAACGUCGACGACGAUGUGAAAGAGAGAACUUGUGAUGUGUUGAUACGCAGUGAUGCGGAUCGCUCGAGUCUCCGCCGCCAGUGUUAAUUGUAUAUAUAGCGAAGACACUAUCUUUCGUAGCCGAUAUCUCCAUUCGUAUCAUUCAUAAGGCGUGAGCUGUUGUCUGUUUGGAUGUGCCGUGAUGGUACAAGCCUGUGGGUGCGCAGUGUGAAUGCAGUUUAUGGUUGUAGCUUUGCAGCGCGGUGCGCUUCUGUGUUCUGACAAACAGCAGUGAUUUGGCCUCGUGCUUUGACGUGAGACGUCCCAUGAAGACAUUCUGGUUGUGUUGUUUUGAAUGGUUUGCUUCCAUUUAGAAGUUCUUAUAAUAUAUGAUAGCCGUCUUC